GCAAAGAAUACGGAGGGAAUUGUUUGGUGAGGGCGCUACAGAAAUCCAAGGGGUCAGUGCCCCCCCUAGUGUAAUUUUGCAAAGGGGACAUUCGUCAGUCCGGCAAACCGAUCGCCAUGAGUGUUGUGACCAGACUUCUGAAGCAGGCCGAGUCCGAGCCAGGGCUUCAUUACAGAAACCCGACCGUUCCUCAUGCCUGCAGUAUUCCCGGAGGGCUCUGCAUUGGGUCUAAGAUCUACAUACACGGGGUAUUACCCGAGGCUGCGAGCCAGUUCUCCAUCGCCCUCCAGAGGGGUGCUGACAUGGAGUUCGCCGACUUACACCUACACCUCGUGGCCAAACUGGGACGAUCUCCCAUGGUGGUAUGGAAUUCACGACAGGGCGCCACUUGGGGGGUGGAGGAGCAGCUUGCCGGAGCGUUUCCAUUCCCUGCCUUCCCUAGAGCCUUCCUACUUGUCAUCACGGCCUACAUGGACUCCUACGAGAUCGAGGUUAAUGGAUCUUCCAACUUCUCGAUCAAAGUACGAGAUGGACUGCCGAUAUCUGCCAUCACCCACCUGGCGAUCCAGGCUGAGCUCUCCAUUCGGGCGAUACAUAUACCAGUGGAGAACAUGCCGCGGAACCUACGUUUAAGCAUGGGCAGUGGGUUGAAGGUGGGUGACCUGUUUUCUAUCAAAGGUCAACCCACGGAGGACGCCAAGAGCUUCACCAUCAAUUGGCAGAACGGCCCCGCAAAGUUCGACGAUGUCCUCUUCCAGCUGAAUCCUCGGCUGGAUGAAGGUCGCGUGGUCAGGAACAGCAGGUUGGACGAUGAGAUGGGCAAAGAGGAAAGCACCCAAGAAACACCCUUCAGUCCCGGCACCCCUUUUGACCUGAUGGUGGGGGUGCGCUCCCUGGAGUUUGAGACUAGGCUGGAUGGGAAAGAGUGGAUCACCUUCGGACACAAACACGAUGUGGGGGCGGCCAAGACGCUCUUCCUCGAAGGCGACAUGCAGCCAUCAAGUAUCUGCAUAGAUCUUGCACAGCUAAAUCCAUCUGGAGUGCUAAACGGAACCAACAUCAAAACAAGAGGAGUUCGGCUGCAACGAAUGUGUCCUGAAGUUCCACUGACUUCUCGUGUGACUGGAGGAUUCGAAAAAGGAUGCUUGCUUUUGAUUUCGGGAAAAGUGAACAUUCAGCCAUCAAGGAUGCAGAUGACCGUGCAAUGCGGUGAGGGUUCCGAAGACAGUGACAUCGCACUCAGAUACCUCGUCCAAUGGGAAGACGAUGGCUCUCCAAAGAUCACGCUCAACUCCAAAGAAGAGGACAACUGGGGGCAAGAGGUCAAAUCAAGAAUCGAUGACGGUCUCCAUCCGGGAUUGGCCUUUGACCUCUUGGUGGCAAGGACAGAAGAUGGAUUUCGGUGCUUCCUGAACGGUAUAGAACAUGCCCUCUUUCCCUAUCGACUGGAAGAUCAGAAGCCUGACCAUGUGACUUUGUGUGGUGAUGUCGAAAUUCAGAGGCUGCUGUUGCUUUGAUGGUGAUAGCAUGGUUUUGUUCCCUCUCCCCUUCACCCUAAAAAAAUAAGAUUUCCCACUGACGUAAGGUGCUUCAGUGUCUCGAGGCUAAAAGGUGAAAUAGCUUUAAAUAAAUGAAGGAACAAACGGAAUUGGUAUUAUCAUCCAAAGGAAAGCGUUUAGGUAAGUCCUCGAGUCAUUUGAUAGCAUCUUACUGCAUUAUGAAAUCACUGCCACACAAGAUGUAUAGAAUCUGAUAUUUAAAUGGCAUUCUUGUGAUUUUUUUUUUCUUCUUCUUUAUUUUCGCCUGCUUCUUUAGAGCUUUAUUUUGCCAGAUUUGAUCUCUAUUUGUACAGAGUGCCUGUAAGAUAAUAUUACAUGCAAUUAUUAAAACUUUUUUUUCUGA